AUGAAGCCGGUUGUGGUCGGCAUCGCCGGGGGCUCGGGCUCGGGGAAGACGACGUUAUCUCGAGCCGUCGUUGAAGCGCUGGGUGGUGCUCGGAGGGUCACGUACAUCUGCCACGACUACUACUACCGGGAUCUUUCCCAUCUCCCCAUCGAGCAACGAGCCAAGACCAACUUCGACCACCCAGACGCGCUCGAAACUUCCUUGCUGGUGAAGCAGCUCGAGGUGCUCAAGGCAGGCGGGGCUGCGGACGUUCCUAUGUACGACUUCACCGUCCACUCCCGCAAAGAGGAGACGACGAGGGCUGAAGGCAGGGGAGUCAUCAUCGUGGAAGGGAUCCUGAUUUUCGCACACGCGGAGCUUCGAGACCUGCUGGACGUCAAGAUCUUCGUAGAUACGGAACCGGACAUCAGAUUCAUUAGGCGAAUGCAGAGAGACAUCGCGGAGAGAAAUCGUACGGCUGACGAGGUCGUCGCGCAGUACCUGGCAACUGUUCGACCGAUGCACGAGCUCUUCGUGACGCCGUCCAAGAAAUUUUGCGACAUGAUUGUCCCGGAUGGAUUAAACCCCGUAGUGCUGGAAAUGUUGGUGGCCAAGCUGCGACCUCUCGCGGAACCUGUGGAAACUGGAGUAGAAGCAGCGUCAGGGGGAAAGUAGAGCUAGAGACAAGCAUGGGGGAGAGAGAAAGGGCGGGGUGGAGGAAAGCCACUUGCGAACUGAUCUCUCCGUUUUUGUUGCUUUUCCCAAGAAAGUUUGUGAGGUGCUUGCGUUGGAAAGUGGAAGCUCUUGUCACUUGCAUGAGGCGUAAACCACAGCAGUACGAUGUCAGCAAGGCGGACUUCGUUCUUCCGGCACGCUCGGCCACCGCAGUUAGGUCCUGGCAUUUUUGGGAAUUCUCGUGAGAUGGCCCUUUCUUGUGAAGCCGCUGGCCAAAGGGAAAAAGGCUUCAGGGUGAGGCCGGGGCUACCCCCCGGGCUGUUUAGGAAACCCCUGUACCAUUAUGAUGUGUACCACUGUGGUGUGGACUUUUUAAUAUCGGACCCCCACCCCACCAAUCCCCCGUGUAACGUGAGCCAGACGGACGUUGCCCGAAUUUUGACGGUACUUCUACUACCAAGAUCUCCAGUGAGUGCACCAUAGACAGAGAGCAGCAUAUGAAAGAGGCGCCGCCCUGCAGGGUAGUUUGUAGUACGGACCAUAAUUUCCAGUGUUCCGUCUCGAUUGGCACUUGUGGUUAAUAUUCGAGUGGCGGGGG